AGCGCCACUUGGGUCACUCGGUCCGGCGACGCUUCAAAAUUAAAGAAUGGCGACGACCAUGGAGAUCGACGAUGACGAGUGUGAUCUGCCGACCUCCAGCACCGGGAAAGGCGAGAAGAAACGUUUCGAGGUGAAGAAGUGGAACGCGGUGGCACUAUGGGCCUGGGAUAUUGUUGUGGACAAUUGCGCUAUUUGCCGUAAUCACAUCAUGGACCUCUGUAUCGAAUGCCAGGCGAACCAGGCGUCCGCCACAAGCGAGGAGUGCACAGUAGCUUGGGGCGUAUGCAACCACGCCUUCCAUUUUCAUUGUAUCUCACGUUGGCUGAAAACAAGACAGGUGUGUCCACUUGACAAUCGUGAAUGGGAGUUUCAGAAAUAUGGUCAUUAAUCGGACGUGUUCAACUGUACAAAUCGGAUUUUCUUCUGUUUAGCUGUUUAUACUGAAAACAUUCAAACUGGGAGAUUAUUUUUCCGUACAGAAAAUAUAACCCUUACAUAGAAAAGUGACAACUGUAUAAGCGAAGAUAAAGAAAGUGGCAAGAGAUGCAUAGUCAAAUAUAAUCAAGUUUUUUAAUGUUAUCAGGAAACCAAAUUUCAGUUAGUAGCAGAUGUAAAAUUAAUUCAGAUCACAAUUUUCGUCAAAUUUUAUUAUACAAUUUAUAGAUUGUAAGUCUUAUAUAAU